GUUUCUGGUCCGCCGCGGAGGGAGCAGGAGGCCGAGCGCCCCAGGCAGCCGGAGCCGCCGACGCCGCCCCCGGCCUGGGAGCCCAGUCCCCGCAGACCAAGGCUGUGUCCUGGGAGUUCCCAAACCGGAGCCACUGGGCACUGUCCUCUGGCGCUGAAUGUAGAGGGUUGCGUGGGGUGCAAAUCCGUGCAGGUCUUGGGCUGCUGCACCAGAGCCAUCCUGACCUCCAGUUACAGGUUUCUAGAGUCAGACGAGAUGGCACAAUGGAACCAGCUGCAGCAGCUGGACACGCGGUACCUGGAGCAGCUGCAUCAGCUGUAUAGCGACAGCUUCCCCAUGGAGCUCAGGCAGUUCCUGGCCCCCUGGAUCGAAAGCCAGGACUGGGCGUACGCUGCCAGCAAGGAGUCCCACGCCACGCUGGUGUUCCACAAUCUGCUGGGGGAGAUCGAUCAGCAAUACAGCCGCUUCCUGCAGGAAUCCAAUGUCCUCUACCAGCACAACUUGCGCAGGAUCAAACAGUUCCUGCAGAGCAGGUACCUGGAAAAGCCGAUGGAAAUAGCCCGGAUCGUGGCUCGGUGUCUCUGGGAAGAAUCUCGCUUGCUCCAGACAGCUGCAACCGCAGCCCAGCAAGGCGGGCAGGCAUCGCACCCCACGGCCACUGUGGUGACGGAGAAGCAGCAAAUGCUGGAGCAGCAUCUACAGGAUGUGCGGAAGCGGGUGCAGGAUCUGGAGCAAAAGAUGAAGGUGGUGGAGAAUCUCCAGGAUGACUUUGACUUCAACUACAAGACACUGAAGAGCCAAGGAGACAUGCAGGAUCUGAACGGAAACAAUCAGUCUGUGACACGGCAAAAGAUGCAGCAGCUGGAGCAGAUGCUGACAGCGCUGGACCAGAUGCGCAGAGGGAUUGUGAGCGAACUGGCCGGGCUGCUGUCAGCCAUGGAGUACGUGCAGAAGACGCUGGCAGACGAGGAGCUGGCUGACUGGAAGAGAAGGCAGCAAAUCGCCUGUAUCGGGGGCCCUCCCAACAUCUGCCUGGAUCGCCUGGAAAAUUGGAUCACAUCCCUCGCAGAGUCCCAGCUCCAGACACGGCAGCAGAUCAAGAAGCUAGAGGAGCUGCAGCAGAAAGUUUCUUACAAAGGAGACCCGAUUGUCCAGCACCGGCCCAUGCUGGAGGAGAGGAUUGUGGAGCUGUUCAGGAAUCUAAUGAAAAGUGCCUUCGUGGUGGAGAGGCAGCCCUGCAUGCCCAUGCACCCGGAUCGCCCCCUGGUCAUCAAAACUGGCGUGCAGUUCACCACCAAAGUCAGGUUACUCGUCAAGUUUCCUGAGCUGAACUACCAGCUGAAGAUCAAAGUCUGCAUUGACAAGGACUCUGGUGACGUUGCCGCGCUCCGGGGGUCCCGGAAGUUUAACAUCCUGGGGACAAACACCAAGGUCAUGAACAUGGAGGAAUCGAACAAUGGCAGCCUGUCGGCGGAGUUCAAGCACCUGACACUGCGGGAGCAGAGGUGCGGCAACGGGGGAAGAGCCAACUGCGACGCCUCCCUGAUCGUCACAGAGGAGCUGCACCUCAUCACCUUCGAGACCGAGGUCUAUCACCAGGGCCUGAAGAUCGACCUGGAGACUCACUCACUGCCUGUCGUGGUCAUCUCCAACAUCUGCCAGAUGCCCAAUGCCUGGGCAUCCAUUCUGUGGUACAACAUGCUGACGAACAACCCCAAGAACGUGAACUUCUUCACCAAGCCCCCGAUCGGCACGUGGGACCAGGUGGCCGAGGUUCUGAGCUGGCAGUUCUCCUCCACCACCAAGCGGGGUCUCAGCAUCGAACAGCUGACCACGCUGGCAGAGAAACUCCUAGGGCCAGGUGUCAACUACUCCGGCUGCCAGAUCACGUGGGCCAAGUUCUGCAAGGAAAACAUGGCUGGCAAGGGGUUUUCCUUCUGGGUCUGGCUGGACAACAUAAUCGACCUCGUGAAGAAAUACAUCCUAGCGCUGUGGAAUGAAGGAUACAUCAUGGGGUUCAUCAGCAAGGAGCGGGAGCGUGCCAUCCUGAGCACCAAGCCACCAGGCACCUUCCUGCUGCGGUUCAGUGAGAGCAGCAAGGAGGGGGGCAUCACCUUCACCUGGGUGGAGAAGGACAUCAGCGGGAAAACCCAGAUCCAGUCCGUGGAGCCGUACACCAAGCAGCAGCUCAACAGCAUGUCGUUCGCGGAAAUCAUCAUGGGCUACAAAAUCAUGGAUGCCACCAACAUCCUGGUCUCGCCCCUGGUCUAUCUCUACCCCGACAUCCCCAAGGAGGAAGCCUUUGGCAAAUACUGUCGCCCGGAGAGCCAGGAGCACCCUGAAGCUACGGACUCAGGUAGCACUGCGCCAUACCUGAAGACCAAGUUCAUCUGCGUCACCCCAACGACCUGCAGCAACACCAUCGACCUGCCCAUGUCCCCACGCACGCUGGACUCGCUCAUGCAGUUUGGCAAUAACAGCGAGGGAGCAGAGGCCAACGCAGGAGGCCAGUUUGAGUCUCUGACCUUCGACAUGGAGCUGACUCCGGAGUGUGCUGCCUCGCCCAUGUGAGGGCCACGUGCCCAGCUCCGCGUCUUGACAACUCUCUCUUCCCGGCUCCAACUCGUUCCCUUGUCCUGCUAGGUCAUGUGUUCGCUCCAUCCCCCAGAGCAUCCCCGGGCUGCUCCCUGGGGAGAGACGUCAGCCUGGGGGUCCCGAUCAGUUCGCAGCCAUCUAACUGGAGCACCCAGUCGGUGCUCGGAGGUGGUGUCGGGGCUGGGGGGAGGGAACUUUUUUUUUUUUUUAACUUCCUUCCAUAACAAACGUUUUCUGCUCGAUCAAGAUGCUGUUAGCAUCUGAUUGCUGCCUCCAUCCAUGCGAAGCGCUUUCCAGAUCUCCUGCAGCGCUGCCAGACCCUUUCCCAGCUCGUCCCUGCGCUAACUUCCAAAUCCCCAUGAGGAUUCAGUGAACAGGCUGUUGCUUUGAGGCAGCCGGGAAAGGAGCCUUGGAACCCAGCAACCCUAACCCCAUGAGCUUUAGCCAGUCAGCACAACGGUGAGGAGCGCAGAGACCGUGCCGGGCUGACCUGCCUCGGGCCCCAGAUGCCAUUGAAGGAAGAGGGCUGUGAAGCGACUCCCCGACAGGCAAGUGGUUCUGGCCUCCAGGAAAGGCCAGAGCCUGGGCUGGGCGGGCCGUCAGCCCCGGUGCUGGGAUAACGGGUGGCCCGGCCGAUCUGUCUCCAAUUUGGGGAACGGCUGUCCUGGCCCCUGAGCUGGAGUCCGAUGUCAACGGCACGGUUCCGGUCCCUGCCCUUCUGCCGGGGCUCAGGCUAGACCCAGCAUGGGCGACGAGGAAGCCAGGUACCCGCCUCCCCCUCCUGGGACGGCCUCUCCAGGCAGGCCCCCUGGAAAUUGGCCUGCAGGGACACUUGGCUUAUCCUGUGUGCCAGGGCUGCAGCGGGGGGAAAUCUCCAGCGAGCAAGGCAGUAGUUCUCUCCCUGUCACACCAGAUCCAUGCACUGUGUGCUGUCCCGAUGCUCCCUGAUCCCACGCAGCUGGGUCCUUCCUCCGGUGGUCACUGUAGUGACAGUGGGGUGCCCUCAGUUAUCGAUCCGCUCUCUGGUGUAACCCGACUGCGCCCCCCCCCAUCCCCACCCUGGCUGCUGGGCUCCUCGGGGCACUGAAUCAAACGCAGUGUAGUGUCCCUGGCGCUCUCCCUCCAGAGUUUAAACCCCACAGACCUCCAGGGCGGCUGGCACCAGUUCUUGCUGCUCCGUGGCCUGCCAGCCCCAUUGGACUGGGAGCGGAAACACCGAGUGGCAGGCACUAGACAAACCUGGGGGGCUUUGCCCUUCAUUUCAGUCGGAGGUCGGUUUUUCAGUGAUAAGCUAGCAGGCUGGAUGGCCUAGGAGAGUCAGCAGCCACCUCCCAACCAGCUGUGCGGGGUGAGGGCUGCAGGAGGAAAGUAACGACUCUCCUAUCCUCUGCCGGAAACAUGCCAAAUGGCCAGCAAAGUGUUGUGGGUCAGAGAAGGUGAUCUCCUCAGUGGAGCCUGGGUCGCCCUGCAGACAGUCGGCGUCUGUAUGAAGCCAUUACACACAGAUAGUUCUGUCCUGUGCUUAACCAGGCACCAUGCUUUGAAUUUCUCAGGCUUAAUGGAUCACAGUAUUGAAUCGGCGUGGGCGAGCGGAGCGGGGGUGCAGAGCCAGAGCCAUCUGCAUUUUACAGUGUGGUCUAAACCCAGGCUUAUCAACACUGGUGGGUGUUUCCUUUUCUUCACCCAGAAGCCUGGAGAAGCUUCUGGGCUGGGGUGGCAGCAAGCGCCUGUUCUGAGCUGCUGCUCCAGGCCCUGCACCAUGGGCAGCCUUCGCAUGGGGCUAGUGCUCUGCACUCGUGCACUGCGUGGGCUCACGCCCACCGACCUGGCCCUUUGGCGCAGACCUAGGUGCUUGGAUGAGGUGAAUGCUGUUUGCCGACCCAGGUUUAUUUCUUAACACAAUAGCUGCCUCCUUCCAGCACCACCUUCCUGCCUGCCUCUCUGCUUCUCCGUCAUCCGGCCGCCUCCGGCCUGUAUGUCCCCUAGUGACACUCAAUACUGUAAAGAUUUUAUUUUUUGUAUAUUUUAUUGCUGUAUUUACAGGCUUUAACUUUCUCCUAAAUAAAGGUGCUAAAGCGAC